AUGGCAAUGAAAAUUUGGCAGUUAGUCUUUUUCCAACCAUUGAAUAGACAAGUUACUUCAGCAUGUCUUCAAUUAAUCAAAGCUGAACGUCAAAAUAAAGAAAUUAACACACGAUUAAUUAGUGGAAUUAUAAAAAGUUAUGUCGAACUUUGCUUCACCGAAAAUUCAUGUGUAUCAAUUACCAGUUAUCAAAUAACAUCUCCAACAUUGGCAAUUUAUAAAGAAUAUUUUGAAAUACCAUUUCUUCAAGAUACAGAACGAUUUUAUCGACUUGAAGCAGCUAAUUUUAUUCGUGAGCAUAAUUCUGUUAUUGAGUAUCUCAAAAAGGUAGCUCAACGUCUUGAUGAAGAAAAGCAUCGUGUACAAUCAUAUUUACGUUCAUCAACAUUAGAACCAUUAAUUAAAAAAGUUGAAGAAGUACUUAUUCGUGAUCAACUUGAAGCUAUUUAUACUGGAGAAAAAGCACUUUUACCUGACGAAAAAUAUUCAGAUUUGGCACUUCUAUUUAAAUUAGUUUGUCGAGUACCAAAUGCAACAGUUGAAGGGAAAAAAAUUGUUGAAGAUCUUAUCCGUCAAAUGGGUAUUGAUGCUACCGAACGAGAUCCAAAACUUUAUGUUGAAACAAUUCUUGAAAUUCAUACAAAAUUCUUCCAACUUGUACAAGAAGCUUUUAGUAAUGAACAAGAUUUCACGGCUGCUCUUGACAAAACUUGUGGUAAAUUUAUUAAUAACAAUGCAGUAACAACAGCUACUGGUAAUACGACAAAAUCACCUAAAUUAUUAGCUCGUUAUUGUGAUACACUCCUACGAAAAGGAAGUAAAGCUGUAGAAGAGACAGAUCUCGAAGAAAAAUUCAAUCAAAUUAUGCAAGCAUGUGGUUUUAAAUAUACAUCAAAAUUAGAACGAAUGUUUCAAGAUAUUGGUGUUAGUAAAAGUUUAAUUGACCAAUAUCGAACAUAUUGUGAAAAGCUUAGACUUGAUGAUAUUGUUGAUUUUUCUGUUAUGGUUCUCAGUUCAAAUUCAUGGUCGUUUUCUGCGCCACCAAAUUUUGUUUUACCAGUUGAACUUAAAACAACAUUUGUGAGUUUUACUAAGUUUUAUACUCAACAACGUAAUGGUCGUAAAUUAACAUGGCUUCAUCAAUAUUCAAAAGGAGAUUUACAAACAUUAUAUACUAAACCAAAAUAUAUUUUAUAUCUAAGGAUUGCGCUAACAGCUUUUGAUAUUAAUAAUACAUUUUCAAAUGUUACUACUCUAUUACUUUUUGAUGAUGUGAAACCAUUUGAAAGUAUUUUCUUUGAACGUCUUGCUCGAGCUUUGCCUCGACUUAAAACACUCGAGAUAAUUAAUCAACUUGAACAGCAAGAAAAAACAGCAACAACGAUGAAAAUUGACAUUGACUUUGGUCAUUUAGCUGUACUUAUUUUAUUUGAUAUUCAUAUGGAUUAUGCUGAACAAUUUCUUUGUCAAAUUCAUCUUUCUUCUCUAAUCGAACUUGUUAUAAACAAGGAUAUAUUGUUGAAAAUAAUCGCUGAAAAUGAUCAACAAGCAAGAGAGAAUUGUUCAAGAGUGGGAACAUUACUAACAUCCAAGCCAUCUUAUGAAUCAAUAGAUGCUAUUCGAAAGUUUUUUUUCACUGGCUCACUGCGUCAAACAUCGAAACGAGUGAAAGAAGUAAAAAAUAAAUAA